AUGCUGUCCCGACUCAUCACUUCGUCGUUGGUCCUGGGGCUGCUCUCUUCAGUCGUCACCGCGAACUUCUACCCAAUUACGGGCGUCAAGGUCCAAGGCCAGAAUACACCUCCACGACGGAAUAUCAAUGAGCUACAUGCAGAGGCUGGUCCCCAAUGGGAUUUGUACAUCCAGGCCAUUGCGGCCAUGCAAUCCGCUAAGUCUACAGAUCCAUUGUCUUGGUUCCAGCUUUGCAGUAUUCAUGGAAGUCCGCCGAUCGCUUGGAACAACACCGCAGCUGGAGACAGCAGCCAUCCGGGAUAUUGCGCUCACGCUGAAGCCUUGUUCUUGCCAUGGCAUCGGCCAUAUAUCGCCACCUUUGAGCAAUCGUUGGUCAAUCAUGCCAAGGAGAUAGCUCGGCGGUAUCCAACCAAGGAUCGAGCGCGCUACGUGCACGCCGCGGAGAUCCUUAGAACGCCGUUCUGGGACUGGGCCGCGAACCCUCAAGUGCCCAAAUCGACUGUUCCCAGCACUUUGAAAAUUAACACCGCUCAUGGGCGUCGUUCGGUUAAAAACCCUCUGGCUGGUUAUGUAUACCCGAAGGAUGCGCUGAAAGGCGCUUUCGGCGAGUUUAAGCCCACGCCCCGAAAUCGGGUGGGACGCUGCCCACCUCCUAAAUCAUUUCCCCAGUCGGCCAACCAGCUAUUUCGAAGGGAUAAUCUGAGGGAACUUGUCUACAAUGCUUUUAUUUACUCGGAGACGUUCGAAGAGUUUAGCUCCACUGCUGGACCUGGUACUAGCGUUGAACAAGCACACAAUCUGGUCCAUAACUCUGCAGGUUGUGGACAGACAAUGGGUGAUCUCGCAUACGCUGCCUACGACCCCCUCUUCUGGCUGCAUCAUACAAACGUAGAUCGACUAUACGCUCUAUGGCAAGCGGCUCACCCCGAUAAGAGCGGUCUCACCACCCCCUAUAAAGGAAACGCUCGGUUUACAACGCCAGAUCACUCCUUGAUUAGUCCCGAUUCUCCGUUGACUCCAUUUUACCUCCCAGGCGACCGACCACACACUUCAAAUACUGUCCAUUCCACUUACGACCUUGGAUAUACAUACGAAGGCCUUGAAAAGGACGCAAAGAAAGUGGUCAACCAGAAACGAGACGAGUCCACGCAGGCCACAGAGCGAUCCCCCGCUAGGCUUGGAUACCAGCAAGACAAAUCCAGCCUCAACCCACAGGAUCCGCAGAUUAUCGUUUUACAGGCGACUUACACAAUCUACCCGCAACCCACCCAUCUGCCGCAGCUACCUGCGGAAGAACAUAAACGACGUGCCAGGGGCAAGAUCACUAACCUCUACGCUAGCCCGGCUCACAAGAAGAAGAGAACAGUUCAUCGGGCCCACGUCAACUAUCGUGUCGAGGAACUGCCGGAUCGCCCCUGUGUCAUUGAUGUGUAUCUUUGCGGAUUCUUCAUCGGCGAUAUCGUCGCUUUGGGCCACCCUCACAAAGGAUCUCUUUCUGCAGCCGUGCCUCUAAAUGCAGCCAUUGAAACCUGCAAUAAGCGGGACAUUAAGCCUGAAAAUUAUCACACCAAUAUCGGCUUUGUUAUCACGACGGUAGGUUGA